AUGAGUGAAACAACAGAUGAUAAUAAAAUCGAACUUGUACCUCCACCAAUAACAAAUCUUGUCGAAGAUUCAAUUGCAUCACGGACGAAGGAAAUUACCAAAAGACCUAAACGUGAGCGUAGUCCACCUGUUCAAAUUCAACUGCCCGCGCCGAAAGUUAAGAAAGCCAAAGAGGUCGCACCCAAAUUACCAGACAAAACUAAAUGGUCGUUAGAAGAACAGAAGCAAUUCUUUGGUGCGCUUCGAAUAUACGGCAAGAAUUUCGAAGCACUCGGUCAAUUUUUCAACACACGACGACGAAACGUCAAUCCUGAAGCGCAGAAACGCACAUUCGGGCAAAUACGGUGUUUUUACUAUCGAUCAUUUCGAACAGUUUCCAAAUUAUGUACGUUUACUGAAGAAGAAAAAGCAAAUGUCGAUUCUUUGGAGUUACGCUCUGUUUUGGCCUAUCUGUGUUUGAAACCUAAAGUGAAAUAUUUUGAUAAAAAGCCGACGAUUACUGUUUUGCACCAGCUGAUACGAAACGGAAGUGCCUUUUUACGUGUCAAAGGACAAAGAGAGCAUGUCUCAAUCAUUGGCAAAGCAUUGAAACCACCGAAAACAGCUAGUGCACUUGGCUCAUCCAAGCAAACAGACCGAACAUUAUCUAAACAUGUGAAGAUUCUAUUAAGCCCUGUCUCAUCAAAUGCAUACAUGCGUGUUGCUUUAUCCUGUCGUUAUCCUCAUGUCGAAGUUCUUCUGUCACGCUCAGCGACCUUACAUGAAUUAAUCGAUAAAUUGACUCAAUAUUGGCAAUUACAUAAUCAUGCUCAGUGUUUAUUCAAAGAUGAGUUAUCUUCGGAACAGUUAGUUUUAUACCCCCAUGGAUCGUAUCUGACGUCGAUGGAAUCUACAGUGAACAACAAUGAAUCAGCACGUUCACGAUCCGAUUCGGAACAGUCGUCUGAACCACUGACAGAUACUUCGUCGAGUGGAAUUCGUAAAAGAAAUAAUGUAUCGGAGACCGAUGGAAGCAAUGACUCAGCAACGAUAUCACCGCCAGCAGCGUCGAAUAAACCAAAUCUUGCACGAACAGCUAUGCUAUCAGCGGCGAAACGAGCUAUAUGCAAUACUAAUAACUAUGAUAGUUCGGGAUUUACAUUAGUUGAUGGUGUUGAAGAUGAAGCGGAUACCAGUGCUGGUCUAUUCAAACAGCGGCUUGAGACGAUUGAUUUCACAGACGAAGGUGCCUCUGAAGAUGAAAUCGAGCCUGAUAGUAAUACGGCAACAUCACUACCAGCGUCAGCACCAUCUACUAGCACAAGUCAUCCAACGACUGGUUUAUCUGAUCUGAUUCAAGGUAUUACUCGAUCGAAUUCUUUAUUUUCUAAUUUAACCAUUGGAGAACUACAAAAAUUACUUCAACGUCCGAAGGAACUUCGUCUGCUCUACGAUUUUCUCCCUUUGUCCCGUGCAAAUACUACUGAUUCUCCAAAUGCUUUUCUUCACUAUGUCAUACAAAUAGCAAAUCAAUGUUUAACCUCACUUGCUGAACGACAGGCACAAACAGAAAUGAAAACAGCGAAAAAGAUCAAUACAAAAAAGCAACAAACGGUACGAUCGAAAUGUUACUGUUCAUGCUGUGCACAUCAUCAGCUCAGUAACAAGGAUCAAAGACGGCCAUCAACGAAAAUGACAAGUUCACCAAAUACAGAUCUAUGCAGUUUAUUACAAAUUCCACAAGCGACAACUUCUCAAGAAUCCUCCAAUGAAGACAUACUAACAGUGCAAACUUCUUUCAAUAAAAAUCUAAAUCUUACUUCCGAUGGAGAGUUACACAAACAAACGCCAAUGUCGAGAAUCGACGAACAAUCGGACAUUUUCGAUUCUCUUCCUUGGCCAACCGACGUCACAGCAACGAUAACAUCUUUGGAACAAUCUCAAGUACCUGCAUCUACACACCCAUCGAUUACCAAGUCUUCUAAUGGAACAGCUCCAACAACAGAACUUCCACCACUACUAACACUACUACUUCCAAUGACGAAUGGACCAGAGGCAGUUUCUACAGCACCAGCGGUACUACUUCCUCCGGCUCCUUCUCAGUCGAAAUCGUCUGCUAUCAUAUUCAGUAGUAAUAAUGGAGUUAUUGAUGAUCCAUUAAUUCAGUCAUUAGCAGCCGAACAAGCUGCAUCCGCAAAUAAAUAUGAUCUUUUAUCCUAUCGAUACAAACGAGUGCGACGUCCACUACGCUACGGUGAUCAAUCGACUCGUCCUUCGAAUACUCAACUGUUACUCGAUGCGAAUAUCAACGCUCAGCAGACAGCAACUGCCGCAAACCAACGUUUGACUUUUAACAAUUUGAAUAUUUCAACAACUUCCAACAAUCCGUUUCGUAGUGACUGUGAAAACCCAAAUGAUCUUCUCAACGACAAUUCCAAUCUGAGUAGCGUUUCAUUGAGCACGACUAUUGUCAACGCUGCAUUACAAAGCAACACAUCGCGAUUACGUCUUGACUGGCCAGAUAACAUGUCUGAUUUGUCGUUUGGUAGUUUUCCAGAUCUGCUCGAGUCGAAUCUAUCAUCCGGUGAGUUAACUAACUUUGAACAGUCGACUCCAAUCGAACAAAACAAAUGUGCAUCUGAAAACACGAUGUCUGAUGCCUUAUUCGCCAUAAAUAAUACGACAAAUUUAUUAUUACAAAAUUAA